AUUUUGGCGCAAGGAAGGCGCAGCGUUUCAUUCAAACGUGAAGUUGCUACUGUAAGGUGUUGAAAAGUGUUGUGUGUGUAUAUUUUAAAUAUUCGUUUAAAUUAACUAUUUGGACUAUUCUUGGAGUUAUUUGUGACUAGGAUAAGCAUUCAUUCACAAUGGGCAAAGAUUACUACAAAAUAUUAGGACUCUCAAAAGGAGCGUCUGAUGACGACAUAAAGAAAGCGUACCGCAAGUUGGCACUGAAGUACCACCCGGACAAGAAUAAGGCAGCUGGUGCUGAGGAGAGGUUCAAGGAAGUAGCGGAAGCUUACGAAGUGUUGUCAGAUAAGAAGAAACGUGAAAUCUACGAUGCUCACGGCGAGGAGGGCCUCAAGGGAGGAAUGGGAUCACACAAUGGACCUGGUGGUGGCCAGUCGUUCUCGUACACGUUCCACGGAGACCCGAGGGCCACGUUCGCACAGUUCUUCGGUUCGGCGAGCCCGUUCCAAGCGUUCUUCGACCUGAACGGCGGCUCCGGCGGCACCACCAUGUUCUUCGACCGCGACAUGGACGUGGACAUGGACCCGUUCGCCAACAUGGGCAUGGGCACGGCGCGGCCCGGCGGCCCCGGCGGCGCCUUCCGCAGCCACAGCUUCAACUUCCACGGAUCACCCAGCCGGAAGGAGAAGACCCAGGACCCGCCGAUCGAACACGAUUUAUACGUAUCCCUGGAGGAUAUCGCGCGCGGCUGUGUCAAGAAGAUGAAGAUAUCGAGGCGUGUGCUGCAGCCUGACGGCACUUCGAAGAAGGAGGACAAAGUUCUGACCAUCCAUGUGAAGCCAGGCUGGAAGGCUGGCACCAAGAUCACGUUCCAGAAGGAGGGCGACCAGGGUCGCAACAAAAUCCCAGCUGACAUUGUGUUUAUCAUCCGAGACAAGCCACACCCAUUGUUCAAGAGGGAGGGCAGUGACAUCAGAUACUCAGCCAAGAUCUCACUGAAACAGGCUCUAUGUGGCACUAUCAUUGAAGUACCAACCAUGUCUGGAGACAAGCUCACAGUGAACCUUCAAGCUGAGGUAGUGAAGCCCCACACAGUGAAGAGGUUCCCAGGCUAUGGUCUCCCAUUGCCGAAGGAACCCACGCGGAAAGGAGACUUACUUGUGGUGUUUGACAUCAAAUUCCCUGACCGCCUCUCAUCUGGAGUGAAGGAGAUUCUCAUGGAUACUCUACCCAAUUAAUAUCAGACUGAAUAUCUCAUUAGAAUGGGUUUCUGUGUAUAAUGAAGUUGGUUCUGACAGAGGUUUCUUGUUCCAGCACUUGUGUUCUGAGAAAGUCAUAUUGAUAAGGCCUUUGGUAUGACUUUACAGGACACAGUAUGUAGAUUGUUGCCAGUGUUUGCUGAAUUAAUGCUGAUUCACAUUGCACUACUUACCUUGUAAUUUUAGUGAACUGUGUGUGUUGCCAACACCACUCUUUCUUUUGUUUAUUUUGUAAUAGGUUACUUUUUUGUU